AUGGUGAACUCUCUGAAUGGCGCUCUGAACGGCGGUUUGAACACCGGCUUGAACGGUGCUUUGGGCGGGGCUCUGAAUGGCGCUCUGAACGGCGGUGGUGUGAGUGGCAGCGUGGUGGGGAGUCUCGCAAAUCUUCUGCCCCAGCAGGCAGGCAUGCUGCGUGCCGUGCUGACAUCAUGCAAGGGCCUGCUGUCUCUUCAGGCCGGCGCUGCUGACAUUCAGAUCAUGAAGAUUGGCUCGGACUAUCUGCUCACAUACUACCUGUACGCAGCAGGAGUGACCAAGGCCCCGGACUCGCAGGCCAUCUUCAAGGGCAACGCCUGCAGCAACAGCGCUGCUUCAGCAGCCCUCGCCCUGCCUGGCACGUGGGUGCCCAUGAGCCCGGUGUCCUGGUCGCUGGCCAAUGUCGUGAGGGCGUCAGCUGCUGACGUGGCGGAUGUGUUGGCGUCCAUUCAGGGGAUCACCAAUGAUGACCUGUACCUCGGAUUCUCCGGUGCUGACGGGGCGCUUUCAGGAAGAGUGAUCGGUGGGAGGGUGUGA